UAUCAUGAUCACCUGCAGAGUCCCCUAUGUCUCAAUAUUACUGCAACGACUCCAGCAGCCAACCAGCGGCAUUCCCAAAAACUUAAUGACUCCGGUCUUCGCACUUUUUAUCUCAAGAAUUUUUUCAACAUUCUGCAAAUGUCAACAAAGAGUCAUGUGAUCUACAUGUGUCAGACAAGAUGUGAUCGACAGGGGGUAACUUCAGCAUUAGAGAGGAUGAGAGAGGCAAAUUUUCCUCCGACUCGAUGUCGCCAGGUCCAACUGUUGUUCAGACGCAAGUCGUAAACUAUGUCCUGCCCAUUGUGGCGUCUUUCGUCACGUCCUUCCGCUUGUACUGUCGCGCACGGCGAGGUCUUCUGUGGAUCGAUGACGCAUGGGCAGCCUGCGCCAUGCUAUUCAAUAUUACCCUCAUGAUUUGCAGUGCUUUGUACCUUAGAGGCUACGUGUUUCACCCUCGAUGGGCAAAGGUGGCACUCUACUACACGUUAUCACAAUGCUUUUAUGGAGUUGUUUGGUGUUCCCGGUUAUCCAUUCUGUUUACAGUCGUGCGUCUGGCAUACUGGGGGACACAGAGGAGGAUACUCAUCUGCGUUGCAAUACUCUUUGGCGUUAUAUGGGGUAUACUUUUUGCACAAGUGUGGUGGACCUGCGAAUUGAAUCCCAGUUGGAAACAACUACCACGUCCGCAGUGCCCCCUCGGCAGAGAUGUCGCGAUAGCACAGAUCGUCACCGACGUUUUAGGGGACAUUGUCCUUAUAUUGGCACCAUUUCUUAUCAUUUACAGAGCCACAUUGACGACGGCGCAAAGAGUCCGGGUGAUUUGCCUCUUCUCCACAUCAGCAAUCACCACAGCUGUCAGUCUCACUCAUGCAUAUUUCGUUUUUACUGUGGGAGAAUUAAAGGAGGCAGUGUCUGCCAUGUUCGAGGCAUCUAUAUCUUUAAUAGUCGCGAACUUAAGUGUGGUCGUUACAUUCUUCUUGCGCAUGCUCGCAGAUGAUGAAACCAUCUCGCGACCGAUUGACUCGGGGUCUACUACUAUAGAAUUUGGAAUAGUCGUCGAGGAUCCCUAAUCUCAGCGGAAAUU